UAAUUCCCGAUCUGUCAUCGUGUUUGUAAAAUUCGGCUGCCAUUUAUAGUAGUUCUGCUGAAACAUUUUAAGUAAGAAAACUGCUGUUUUAAAGGAGUUUUACAUUAGAAUUACCCAAAAAAAAACGCAAAAAGUGUAUAGCAAAGUUUCUUAAUAACUUUAUCAACAAAAGCCGCCUCUUCCAUUCUCGUAUUUGCGGCAUUGGUUUAGUUUUGUCAGCUAGGUACACAAAAUAUAAUUGAACCAUGGUGGACGCUGCCCGUCAAAUGUUGGACGAGCUCAUGGGCCGUAAUCGAAAUUUACAUCCAUCGGAGGCGCCACGUAAAAUUAGUUGGGAUGAUCCUGAUUUUUGCCAAUACUAUGUUGUAAAAUUUUGCCCACAUGACCUUUUCAUAAACACUCGCGCGGACUUGGGGCCGUGCACACAAAUCCAUGAUGACGAGGCAAAAAGGUUGUACGAAGAGGCACGUCCAUCUCCUCGUAAGCGUUCUUACGAAGAUGAGUUCUUGCGAUUUUGCAACAACAUGUUAAAUGAUGUUGAUAGAAAAAUACAAAAAGGCAAACAACGACUCCAGCUCAUGCAACGCGAUCAGCCCAUACCCACCAUACCGCUUUCCAAGUACGAGGAACAGUUAAAUAAUAUGAACGCACGCAUAAAAAAGUUGCUAUCCGAAGCAGAAGAAGCUGGUAUUCGUGGGGAUGUUGAUCAGGCCAAGGACCUAAUGGCUCUGUGCGAGCAAUUGAAAGACGAGAAGGACGCACUAAUGGCGCAACACGAGCAACAUCAGCAGUUGCAUCAGCAGACAAAUGGCGCAAUGAAAGAUUCUAUUACAAACUCCCCACCGCAAAGCAUAGAGCGUGAAAAAUCACCGAAAAAUGAAGAGGGUGCUAGCACAAGUGGAAGUGAAAAGAAAAUACUACCGUGGAUGCAAGAUUUGGGCACUCUACCUGAAAAGCAAAUGGAAGUUUGUGAGAUUUGUGGAGCUUUUCUGAUUGUUGGUGAUGCGCAACAACGCAUCGAAGACCAUCUCAUGGGAAAACAACAUCUAGGCUACUCCCGCUUACGCAAGGCCGUAGAAGAAAUACACGAGCGUAGGCAAAAUGAUCGUGAAGAGGAGGAGCGCAAGAGGCGCGAAGAACGUGAACAACGCAGUGUACAGCGAAACGCUUUUGGUAAUCAUAAUGAUCGCAGGCGCAGCGAGCAUCACGAUCAUCGUGACCGCGACCGCGAACGUGAGCGUGAUAAUCGUGGACGUUCACGUGAUCACAGUAGCCGACACUCGGCCGACCGACACCGUCAUCAUCAUAAAUCAUCGCAUCGCAGACGUUCACAUUCGCGCAGCAGUCAUCGACGCAGCAGCCGGGAUCGUUAUAGCCGCAGCCGGAGCCGUAGUCACAGCCGCUAUUAAUUACACACCAACAACACAAGUUCGUACGUGGCGGAUUGAGGUACUCCAAAAAAAAAAGCAAACUAUAUAAACUUAAAAAUCUAGCCUAAUCUAAUAAAAGAAUACUCUCAAGUCG